AUGUCGUAUUUCAUGACCCACUUGCAUUCCGGCUGGCAUGUCGACCAAGCGAUUCUCGUGGAGGAAGACCGUGUGGUGUGUAUACGGUUCGGUCACGAUCAUGACCAGGAAUGUAUGGCGUUAGAUGAGACUCUGUACGGUGUGUCAGAGAAAGUGCAGAAUUUUGCUGUCAUCUACCUGGUGGAUAUAACUGAAGUACCGGACUUCAACAAGAUGUACGAGUUGUACGAUAAUUGCUCGUUGAUGUUCUUCUAUCGAAAUAAGCACAUCAUGAUAGAUCUGGGUACGGGUGAUAACAACAAGAUAAAUUGGGCUAUAACCGAUAAACAGGAGUUGAUCGACAUCAUCGAGACUGUGUAUAGAGGAGCUUCGAAAGGACGUGGUCUCGUAGUAUCACCUCGAGAUUACUCGACUCGACAGAAAGGCCGAUAG